AUGAUCUGGAUCUAUUUCCAGAUUCCCAGAACCAAAGCAGACAAGAAGUGUAGACUUCCUCAAGAUAAUUUGAAUGCUCAGGAAGUCCUCCGAUUCCAGAAGGGCCGCAAGUUGGUGCAGACUCUCUUUAGUUAUCAAGGUAAUUCGGUGGAAACUUACACAGGAGCAUCUUACCAUUCCACAGUCUACAUGCUUGAAUUCCUCUCCAUUGAGAAAGACACCCAGAUUAAAGCCUAUUUGACCACAGACCCCAAAUCUGAUCACUUUUAUCCAGAAUUGCCGAUGGAUCCCCGCAUUGACGUCAUCGGGAUUGGCCCCACCACAGUAACUCUGGCUUGGAAGCAGAGUCCGAGUGCCCUGCUGCCAUCUCAAGGUACCAUUCAUUAUUGUCUCCUGGUGAACGAAAACUACAAUUUCAAGACUUUCUGUGCUGCAGAAACAGCAACGCAAACUUCAGGGGUGAAACGACCUCCUUCUUUGGCGAUCUCUCCUUCCACAGAGAGCCUCACGUCUCGGGAACUGAAAGGCCCAUCCAAGAGCGAAGUCAGCAUGAGUUACAAAGGUGGCAAUGCCCAGGUGAAACCAGUUUGUGUGGGACUCACCAAUGCCUACACAGUGUCCCACUUGACUCCUGGCAUUCAGUACUACUUCGAUGUUUUUGCCGUCAAUUUCCUCACCAACACCAGUGCUGCUUAUACUGGAACCUUUGCCCGCACUCUGGAAAAUCCCCAGCCCAACGUGGGCAAGCUGAAGGAUGGGAAGGUGAUUCAGUUGAGAUUGGAUGGGAGGAAACAUCCCUUUUACAAUUUGCUAUACCAGGCAACGCAGAAACAGGUCCAAUUUGCCUUCCAGUCUUGCAGCGGGCAACUCCAGGUGGAAAUAUCCAAGGACGGGGAAGUCCUGAUGUCAGAGCGAUUUGCUGGCUUGAGGCAAUUCAUCCUGAAAGGAAGGUUGGGCGACACCUACCUGGUCCAUCUCUGGUCCGCUGAAACAUCAGCUGCAUCCGUGAAGGUUCAGGUGUCCUCUCUCCCCCAUCGGCCUUUCUUCCCAACUCUCCCAGAGAGCUUAAAAAUCAAAUCCUUUAACAAGUUGAGGAGCUGCCAUUCCGUCACCAUCGCCUGGCUUGGAACUCAGGAAUUGAGCAAGUAUUGUAUCUACAAGAAGGAGAUUGAGGAGGACCAGGCAUGGGUGGCCAUCAGGAAGGCCGAUAGGUGCUCUGGGCCAGAGUCAAGGCAGAAGAGUGAAAAAGUGCUCUGCAAAUUCUUCCACAAUCUCAAUCUGCAGCGAGCUGUGACUACAGAAACCAUCCGGGGCCUGGAAGCAGGGACGGCCUACCUUUUUGACGUGUAUCUCAUUGGGUCUUCGGGGCUUCCCAUCCGCUACUACAGCAAAAUUGUGAGGACAAGGAAGAGAUGUUGA